AUACUACCAAACUUACUGCUGAGAAUACUGAGCUGAAAGAUAGAGUUACAAAAUUGGAACAGAUAUGGACUCUAGUCACUAUUAAUGACCAAAAUGCAUCUUCUACAAAAGAUAAGAAAUCUAUUAUUACUGAUUUCACACCUGAACCAAUACACAGCUCAACCCAGCUACAAAAAAGUAAGUCUAAAUAUAUAUUUGAAUCUCUAACAGAGUCUGUAACAUCCAUAACUUCUUUACAACAAGAUAUUGUUGAUGAUGAUCUGGCUAGUGUCCUUGAAUUCGUAGAAACAAUAUAUAAAGAAAAUGUUGCACCCACUAUUUCUCAUGAGCAAAAGAAAGAACAAGGCUUAAUUCAGGAAAUAUCUGCAGGUGAUAGCCAAGAUGAUGCAUUCCCAUCCACCCAAGAUCAUGACUCCAUAUCUCCAGAAUAUUCAACUGAAAUUUUGCUGACCUCAGAUGACUUACCCAAAACUGAUGUAGGUGAGGAAACUUUACCGAAAAUUGAGGUGAACACGCCGUUACCUGCACCAAGUUCUCUUUCCGACAAACCAGAAAAUGAAGUUAUCGAAGUUCGAAAUCAUCUACUGGCAACCUAUUUUCUAUAUAAUACUUUUUAUGAGUUAGAGCACGAAAUUGACCUUGAUGGUAUCAAGACAGUCCAUCGCAUUAUGUUAAAAGACACAUCUCUGGAGAGAAUUGAAUUUGGUGAGGAUUUCCAACGCGCAGGUGAGUUCCGAAAGACAGAAGUAGAAGCACGUGGUUCGAUAUACACCGUUUAUCCAAGCCAAAAUAGUGGUCUUCAUCCUCUCAUAAUCGCUAGUCGUAUACUUUCGACCUUCCUUCAUGUUCAUCCAUUUGCAGAUGGUAAUGGGCGUGUUGGACGUUCAAUUAUGGCAUUAUAUCUCAUCCGCAAUGGGCUUCCGCCCGUUGUUUUCCAAGAUAUUCCACGAGAAGAAUACACAUCUACUUUAUUUCUAGCACAAGCAGAAAAGGAUUCGAUUCCACUAUAUGCUUUGGUUGUGCAAAACAUCUUUAAUAUUUUAAUGAGAUAUCAAGCGUAG